AUGAUACCCCCUAUACGUAUACCAUCCAGCACAGCGUCUACAACAAGAUUCACAUGUUCAAGAUCUAGACAAUUCGCCUCUUCACAAAUACCAACACCGAAAUCACAACCUCGAUCGAGGGGUUCGAAAUGGGCUAAAAGAGGUGCAGUAGUUGGAGUGGUCGUAUCUGGACUAUGGGUGUAUGAUCAUCAGUUUAAUGCUAGCGCAGUGACGAGGAGUCUGAGGACAGCUUACAUAGGGUUGUUAUGUACUUUGGAUUAUAAAAUCAAUUUCUCACCUUCGAAAGCCGAUCAGAUAGAAGCUCUUCACGAGAGGGUAGCGAACAGAUUGAAAUGGGUUAUAGAUACGAACCAAGGAUUAUACCUCAAACUCGGUCAGGCAUUAGGAUUACAAGCUGCCUUACUUCCUAAACCAUACAGGGAAGCGUUCGGACAUGUAUUCGAUAGAGCUCCAGCGGUACCCUACGAUGAAGUCAUCGGUGUAUUUCAAAAGGACCUUUCGUUGAACCCUUUGGAUGUAUUUGAAACCUUCUCUGAGGAGCCUUUGGCAUCAGCUUCGAUCGCCCAAGUGCAUAAAGCCACUCUUAAGCCUAGAUUAGGUGGGGAAGGCAAAGAGGGAAGGGUAGUAGCUGUCAAAGUGCAGAAGCCAGCUAUCGAGAAACAGAUGGAGUGGGAUUUGUUCAGUUAUAGAUCUCUGAUGUGGAUGUGCGAAAAAUUGUUUGAUAUGCCUAGUAACGCAAAAUACGUAUCGUCUCAAAUGCGACUCGAGACGUCAUUCACCAACGAAGCGAAUAAUGCUCGACGGUGUGCCGAAUUACUGGCUCAGACACCUGAACUCAAAGAUGAUGUCUAUGUACCUAGGGUAUAUGGAGAAGCGGAAGGUUGUAAGGAGAGUGAUAGGAUCAUGGUAAUGGAGUGGGUAGAUGGUUGUAGAUUGAAUGACAAGAAACAGCUGGAGAAAUGGAAUUUGGAUCUACGCGAAACGAUGGAUUUGGCCAUAUCUACAAUGUCAGCCAUGACCUUCUCUUGGGGUUUCAUACAUUGUGAUCCUCAUCCUGGAAAUAUCCUUGUCAGACCUCACCCGACGAAGAAGGGUAAACCGCAGAUUAUACUUAUAGAUCAUGGAUUAUACAUAUCGUUACCUAGAGAAUUUAGAGAAGAUUAUUGUACAUUAUGGAGAUCGUUAUUUGUGUUAGAUGUGCCGAAGAUAGAGAAUAUAGCGAGAAAAUGGGGUAUAGCGUUGGAUGCUAAUAUGUUCGCAUCUGCCAUUCUCCUCCGACCCUUCCAAGUGAACAAGCAUAAAAACAAGAAACAAGAAAAGAUCCCGGAGAAAAGUCAGUACGAGCAGCAGGUGGAGUUGAAAGCCAGGAUGAAGAAGAUGUUGGAGAAUGAACAGUUGAUACCGAGGGAGUUGAUCUUCUUGACAAGAUGUCAGAGGAUGAUGCAAGCGAACAACCAGUUGUUGGGUUCUCCAUCUUCAAGAGUCAAUCUAGCUGCAAGAUGGGCAUCGAUAGGCUACACCAACUCUUUGACUGGAUCCAGAUCCCUAAAUUCAGUGGGACUAUCGACAUGGUUGAAAGAUAGAUUAGAUGCAUUUGUAUUCAGACUUACAUUGUCCAUUGUCGAUCUGGUAUUCUGGUUUACAUUGCAGAAACAACGGUUCUUACCGAAAGAGAAAGGUGGAUGGGAAGAUAAAUUGCAGAAGCAAUUCGAAGCUAUGGCGAAAGAGGAAUUUGGUAUCGAAAUUGAUGAUACGGUGUUUUUAGGAUAG